CUACAAUAUGGUAUUUGGAUGUGAUUGUCUGCAGCACAAUGGCUAUCAACAGAUCAAUGGGACACAAGGUCCCCGUUUUGGUGUGCGUCAUAUCCAGUGUAUUUUAGCAUUCUGUGGCUUAGCCGUAGCCUAUGCAUUGCGAGUUAAUCUUUCUGUGGCCAUUGUGGCUAUGACUGAUAAAAAUGCCACAAAUCCUGACUUUGAGGAAUUCGAUUGGGACGAAGGUGUCAAAUCAUAUCUGCUAAGCAGUUUCUUUUGGGGUUAUGUUGUAACACAAGUUCCUGGCGGUUAUUUAUCGCAUAAAUAUGGUGCUAAAUUUACCUUUUUUUUUGGUGUGCUCUUUUGUUCGAUUUUGGCAAUUCUAACACCAUUCGCUGCCGAAAUUGGUGAUUGGCCACUACUCUUGGCCUUGCGAUCAGUACAAGGCCUAUGUCAAGGAAUGAUUUUUCCAUCAACGCAUACAUUUUUAGCCAAGUGGGCUCCAGCCGAAGAACGUGGACGUUUGGUCAGUUAUUGCUAUUCGGGAGCACAAUUUGGUACCGUGAUAAUGUUAUCGAUAAGUGGUUUUAUUGCCUCUUCCUGGAUGGGUUGGCCAAGUAUAUUUUAUGUUUCCGGUUUAGCUGGACUCGUCUGGUGUUUGGUGUGGUAUUACUAUAGUUCUAGUACACCGGCAGAUCAUCCAAGUAUAACACCACAGGAGAGACGUUAUAUUGAAAGUUCCAGUCAUGGAAGGCGGCCGUCGGAUGCAGGACGUUUGGAAGCGGCUGAUAUGAAAACGCCAUGGUGUAAAAUAUUGUCCUCGUUGCCGUUUUGGACAUUGCUUGUGGUUCAUUGUGCCAACAACUGGGGCUUCUGGACUUUGUUAACGGAAAUUCCCACAUUUUUGAAAAAUAUUCUCGGCUUGGAUAUACGUCACAAUGGCCCCUUGUCUGCCUUACCAUAUUUGGCUAUGACAUUGCUAUCGUAUGGUUUUAUUUUCAUUGCGGACAUUAUGAAUCGUAACAGUGUUAUGCCUUUGGCUUUUUCGCGUAAACUUUUCAAUACCCUUGGCAUGUGGAUACCAAUGACAGCUUUGAUUGGUCUGGGCUACAUUACUACCGGUGAAAGUACAGCAUUGGCUAUUGCCCUAUUGACAUUGGCCGUUGGAUCAAAUGCUGCAACUUAUUUGGGUUUUCAGGUAAAUCAUAUUGAUUUAUCACCGAAUUUCGCCGGCACCUUGAUGGGUAUUACAAAUUGUGCUGCCAAUUUUAUGAGUAUUAUUGCACCGCUGACAGUGGGCUUAAUUGUAACUGAUGAGACAAAUCCCUUACAAUGGCGCAUUGUUUUCUAUAUCACUGCUGCAUUUUAUUUCUUUGGAAAUUUAUUGUUUAUUAUUUUCGGCCGUACCUCGCCAAGAGCCUGGAAUUUCCCACAACCUGCAAGUCGUCCCACUUCUCGUCGACCAUCUACCGAUGUUCAGGCCUCAGAAACCGAUCCUUUACAACCAAACUCUACUUAA